AUGAGGGGCAACGGCAGCGGCGCGCUGCUCAACGCCUCCCGGCAGGCGCCCGGCGGCGGGCCCGGCCCGCGCCCCUCCUGGCUGGCCUCCACGCUGGCCUGCAUCCUCAUCUUCACCAUCGUGGUGGACAUCCUGGGCAACCUGCUGGUCAUCCUGUCCGUGUACCGCAACAAGAAGCUCAGGAACGCAGGGAACAUCUUCGUGGUGAGCCUGGCGGUGGCCGACCUGGUGGUGGCCGUGUACCCGUACCCGCUGGUGCUGACGUCCAUCCUGAACGACGGCUGGAGCCUGGGCGCGCUGCACUGCCAGGUCAGCGGCUUCCUCAUGGGCCUGAGCGUCAUCGGCUCCAUCUUCAACAUCACGGGCAUCGCCAUCAACCGCUACUGCUACAUCUGCCACAGCCUGCGCUACGACCGGCUGUGCAGCAGCCGCAACUCGCUGGGCUGCGUGCUGCUCAUCUGGGCGCUGACCCUCGCGGCCAUCGCGCCCAACCUGCGCGCCGGCACCCUGCGCUACGACCCGCGCGUGUACUCCUGCACCUUCGCGCAGUCCGUCAGCUCGGCCUACACCAUCGCCGUGGUGGUCUUCCACUUCCUGGUGCCCGUGGCGGUGGUCCUCUUCUGCUACCUGCGCAUCUGGGUCCUGGUGCUGCGGGUGCGGCGCCGGGUGAAGCCCGACCCCAAGCCCCGGCUGAAGCCGCAGGACUUCAGGAACUUCCUCACCAUGUUCGUGGUGUUCGUGCUGUUCGCCAUCUGCUGGGCCCCGCUGAACCUCAUCGGCCUGGCCGUGGCCUCCGACCCCGCCGGCAUGGUGCCCCGGAUCCCCGAGUGGCUGUUCGUGGCCAGCUACUACAUGGCCUACUUCAACAGCUGCCUCAACGCCAUCAUCUACGGGCUGCUGAACCAGAACUUCCGCACGGAGUACCGCAGGAUCCUCGUGUCCCUGUGCACCGCCAGGAUGUUCUUCGUGGAGAGCACCAACGAGGACAGGGCGGGCAGGGCGAAGUGCAAGCCCUCUCCCCUGAGGACCCACCACAACCUCAUCAAGGUGGACUCUGUGUGA